GAACCAGCGGACGUCAACGCUUUACGACAGUUCUCCGCCAUUUCCGGUACAAACACAUGCACGCUCGAGCGAGGAAAACAUGAGAGGUCAAAAGUUAUGGUCCUAAUCUGCAACAGACACGGAACGUAACACCCAGAUAUGGCCAGUUCCAUGGUGGCAGUGGGACUGGCUCUGGCAGCAGCUGGAUUUGCAGGUCGCUAUGCCAUGCAGGCCAUGAGGCUGAUGGAGCCUCAGAUGAAACAGGCCCUUCAGAGUUUCCCCAAGACGGCUUUUGGAGGAGGCUACUAUAGAGGUGGGUUUGAUCCAAAGAUGUCCAAGAGAGAAGCUUCCCUGGUUUUAGGUAUCAGUCCCACAGCCAACAGGAUUAAGAUCAGAGAGGCACAUCGAAAACUAAUGAUUCUGAAUCACCCAGAUAGAGGUGGAUCUCCCUACCUGGCAGCGAAGAUAAAUGAAGCGAAGGAUUUCUUCGAUGCCCAGACAAAGAAGUGAAGAUGCCAGCAAUGACAGAAGUUCCACACUGCUCUCAUCCAUGCUGUUUGCACUGACCCGGCUUCAGCGAUUACCAGAGUUUUCUAACCGAUUGUUCUCAAAUAAAAUCACGCUGUACAAAUUGUAA